UUUUUUUUUUAAUUCGUCUUUAAGGAUAAAGAUGCAUUUCUAUGCACAUAAUAUAUGCUGUUAGAAUUUUCAUCCUACUACUGAUAUAAUUAAAGAUUUUACAUCAAACGUAAUGACAAAUUAAGAACGAAAUACUGAUAGUAAAGUCAAAGCGAUUGACUUAGAGCAUGGACAAGAAGAAACUGAAAUGUUACACCUACUUCGAGAAUUUGAUGUUAAUGAUGUUGAUGCUAGUUGAUGUAAAGCAUGUGGGUAGUGUUGACUAUUUAUUUGAAACAUGCGCCUUUUGCUAGAAAACUUUUGUUUCGCAGAUAAGACAAAAGGGUAGCCAGAUACUUAAUAGAAAUGCUUUAAUUGAUGUGAGCGACAGGGAUCAGCGACAGGUGGGUGGUUUAGGGUGUGCGAUAUAUAUUUCACUUAAAAGUCCAAGUUUGUCAUGGUAAAUAAUCGCACAAAUUUAAAGUGUAAUGCUGUACCAUCUGAAUUUGUCAUAAAAUUAUUUUGAGAACAAUAGUCAUAUUUUUAUCAGCUAUGUAGGCGUUUACAAAGCUGUUUUACCCAAAUUUGGUAAGUAGUUAGCUGAAAGCCCAAGGCCCAGAUGGCUUGAAUGUACCCAUUUAGUAUCAUUUGGGUGCUUAAAAUUGAUAUAAAAUGUCAAAAAAUCAGUUGGUUUAAAUGGCACGUGCUAACUUUUUGGUUCUGUUUGAAAAUCUCACAGGUACCAACAAAAAUAGUAGGUGCCAUAAAAAAACUAAUUUUAUGGCAUUUUCAACUUGAAUAACAUUUGAAUUUGGCGGUUUAAUCACCAGGCCGCGUCACUGAAAGCGAAAACUAAAUAGUUUGAUAAUCUGUGGUCAGAGAGCUGUGGGGUUUGGCGCCCACGUAAAUGUUGGGGCUACUGCUAUCCGGCCAUCAGCUGAUGAAAACAAGCAACUAGACUUGGAUUCUAACCUAUGAAAUAUUCCGAGCUCGCAGCACAAUUAAAAUUAUUUUUAAGCCAGUUUAGGCUUCAUAUUUCACUUAGUUGUUUUGCAGAUAUCUCACGAAAAAUGUCUGAUAAUGAACAAGAAGAAAGAAUAUUUGAACUUGAAUUGGCGAAAAAUGGUAGAGCCGGCUGCAAGAAGUGCAAACAGAAAUGCCUGCAAGGUGUCUUGAGAAUUGCCAAAAUAACUGCAAACCCCUUUGGCGAGGGAAAGAUGAAAAAUUGGCACCACAUAAAUUGCCUUUUCGAAAUUUUCAAGAAGCAGAGGUCUACUACAAAGCGCAUAGAAAAUGAAGAUGACAUCAUUGGAUUCAAUGCCAUCUCCUCUGAUGAGCAGAAUUCCAUUCGAGACCAGAUACAGCAGCUAAAUCAAUUUUUCGGAGUGCCCAAAAAAACGCAUUCAAAAAAGGUUACACAGGCUUCCUCGAAGGCAGCCUCUAGUAAGUCAGUAUUAAGUGGCGUUAAUGUUGUGAGUGAUUCAACAACAGAUGAUUUAUUUAAAACUUUUCAAAAAAUUGUCAAGGAAGUCGCGAAUCAUCCGAGCUAUUUAGACAAAACUAGAAUUAUAAAAAACUUUUUUGAGAAAGGUACCAGUGGUGAAGGAUUCAAAGGGGAUGUAGAAGUGUGGUGCAGACUUCUGCUUCCAGCCAGUGUUAAACGGAUCUACAAUCUACAGAGCAGGCAGCUUGUUAAAGUCUUUAGCAGGAUAUUUCUGGAAGACCAUGAAGAAAUGUUGGAGCAUCUGGAACAGGGCGACAUUGGUGGGACCAUAAGUCAUUUUUACCAGAAAAGCCAAAAAUACAGUCCAUUACCUACAGGGUCUACAUUUACUGUUCAAAAAGUGGAUGCUUUUUUGGAAAAGCUCUCGAAACUAACCAAAGAAGAAGAUCAGAUCGGACAUUUUUCAAAUAUUCUGAAACAUUUGACUGCGGAUGAUCUGAAAACGAUAAUCAGAUUAAUCAAGCACGAUUUGAGGAUGGGAGCUGGUGCAAAGCACAUUUUGGAAGGAAUCCAUCCAGAUGCAUAUAGCGUUUAUAAGGCGUCGAAAGACUUGGAUGGUGUGGUAGAAAGAUGUUUCGGAAAUAAAAAAGUCCAGAGUGCAGAGAUCAAAAUUUUAACACCAGUAUUUCCAAUGUUGGCAGAGGCUUGCAAAUCUGUGGAACAUGCCAUGAAGAAAUGUCCUAAUGGAAUGUUUUCGGAGAUUAAAUAUGACGGCGAAAGAGUUCAGGUUCACAAACAUGGCAACGAGUUCAAAUAUUUUUCACGGUCUCUCAAACCAGUAAUGCCGCACAAAGUAGCCCAUUUUAAAGAAUACAUUCCAAAAGCGUUUCCACAUGCCAAAGAUCUGAUUUUAGACACGGAAAUUCUAAUGAUGGAUACCAAGACUGGAAAACCUCUACCCUUUGGAACGUUGGGGGUGCACAAAAAAGCCCAAUUUCAAGAUGCAAAUGUUUGCCUUUUUGUUUUUGAUUGUAUUUAUUAUAAUGGGGAAAGUCUGAUGCAGAAGCCCUUGAAGGAACGUAAAAACAUCCUGCAUACAACGAUGAAAGAAGUGCCUAAUCGAAUCGUUUUCUCUGAAAUGCAAGAAAUUGAUGAACCUGGAAAACUGGCUAAGAUGAUCGCCAAAGUUUUGAAAUUGGGUUUAGAGGGUUUGGUUUUAAAAGACACAAUGAGUAUUUACGAACCCGGAAAACGCCUUUGGCUCAAAGUGAAAAAAGAUUAUUUGUUUGAUGGAGCCAUGGCGGACAGUGCGGAUUUGAUAGUGCUAGGUGCUUGGUACGGUAGUGGACAAAAAGGAGGUAUGAUGUCUGUGUUUCUCAUGGGAUGUUACAACACCGAAACAAAAGCGUUUUGUACGGUCACUAAAGUGCACACAGGUCAUGAUGAUAAAACAUUAGAGCGACUGCAAAGCGAGCUCAAGAUGGAAAAAAUAAGCGGCAAUCCUGGUAAAGUGCCAAGAUGGCUUAAUUGUACCAGAACUAUGGUGCCGGAUUUUGUUGCUCGAGAUCCCAAAAAACAACCAGUUUGGGAAAUUACUGGUGCUGAAUUUACACAACAACAUGACGUUCAUACGGCUGAUGGCAUUUCGAUUCGGUUCCCUCGAGUAACAAAAAUACGAACCGAUAAAACGUGGGAGACGGCAACGAAUGUAGCAGAGUUAAAAACUUUGUUUAAAAACUCCAAAGAAAACACCGACGUCAGUCUUCUUUUGAAAGAAUAUAACGACGAAACCUGUACUGACGAUCACUCUAUAUCAUCUGAAAAUGUUGAUACAACUAAUAGUUCCCCCAAGAAACGAAAGUUGUUGGACGAAUCUUGCGGUGCGUCGGGUAGUGUUGCGGCUUCAUCUAAUUCACCAAAAAAAAUUAAGGAAGAACCGCAUGCUAUCGAUAAGUUGAAGCAGAAAAAUGCCCAUAGCAAACAAAUACCAAAGACAACUAAGACCAAAGAGGAGUUUGAUGGAACAAUCGUGAAAUUGGAAAAACCUUUACCAAUAUUAUUUGAAGCCAUCAAAGCUCUAUUCAUUAAUUCUGACCAUCCGGAAAUUGAGAGGUAUUUUUUUGCUUACGGUGGGGAAAUUCUCAAACCAGAGAAGGCAGAAGAAGCAACUCAUAUAUUUCACUCUAGUAAUAAAAUCAAGGAAGUGAACGAAAUGUGGCCAAAAAAUUCUAAACAUUUACAAAUAAAAUGGGUGGUGGAUUGUGUAAACAACCAGAAUUUAGUGCCGAUGGAAAGUUAUAUGGUUAAAUGGAAACCGACAUAUAAUAAUAUUCAGGCGAUGAAACACAAUGAACUAUUUCAUAGGUUGUAGCAGUGUUAUGCAUAUAGCAUAGAAUGUAAUUAUAAAAUUAGGUCAAUUUUCCAGUUUUGUCUAAAUUCAAGACGCCUUUGGUUCGAAAAUAAUUUUAAUGAAAAUUAUAACUACCUAAUCUCCGUGAUUUUUAAAUUUAAAUAUUUUUUUAAAACUAAGAUGAUUUAAAAGUAGAUGAUCCGUUCAGUUCCAUUUACAAAUUUCAUGAAUUUGCUCUAUUAAUACCGUGAUUUUACGAGUUAGGUGCAGAAACAGAAAAUUAUAUUUUAUGUCAGUAUUUAAACUGAGUUUUGAAACUGUUUCGAUUUUUUAAUUUCUGCCCUUAAUCAAAUCAGGAGCAGGUAAUAAGACUGUUCUGGUAACAUAUCCAUCUAAUGCUCUACUGUUCUGAUCCACAAGUGGAAAUAAUACUUUUAUGCUUAACGCCUUCACAACAAAAUCAAUAUUUAUGUAAACACUCUCAUUCUCUAAAAUUAAUAUACCGUUUCUGUUUACCGCGUGUAUUUAUGUAAAUAAACUUUUCUUUUCUUGAA